GUUUUUCUUUUUCUUUUAAAAGGUUUUCUGCAUCUUCUGUGGGUUUUUGUCCAUAAACAAAUAGAGGUUGAGAAAAACAGAGAGAGAGAGAGAGACAGAAAUGGACGAGGAAUUGGAACUGUGUGUGAUCGUUCAAUGAAUUUGAAAAUUUUAUUGUAGAGUUCUGUAAUUCUUGUUGUUUCCGCUGGAUCGCGUAAUUCUGUACUGAAUUUGAGUCCAUUUGUUGAUAAACUCUUGGGAAUUCCGCAUGCUUGUUUGAUUCUGUGAUCGUUGUUGAGAAGCUAGCCAGGUAAUUGGAUCUUGUGGAAAAAGUUUCUUUUGUGUUUGAUGAGUUCUUAUUGCGUUGUAUGCCUGAGAUGGUGUUGAAGAAGAGGAUACGUUAUGGAUUUAAUGGCUUUCAGGUCCCCACUAUACCUAAAGCUCCCAGAUCAGCUCGAAGGAGGGGUCCACUUAAGAAGACAUUUGAUGAUGGUCAAAUAUGCGCAUUUGAAUUGCUGGCGUCUUUGGCUGGCAAGCUGUUGCAAGAGAGUGAAAGCUCUUCCACCUCUAGCAAUGCAUCUGAAGGAAAUGAUCUGCCUUUGAUCAGUGAUGUUGGCAUUAAACAAGAACUGAAAGAUGAAAAUAAGGCACUGAUAGCUGAUUGCCUUAAUCAUGGGAAUUGCGGAGAGAGGACUUUUGUCUCUGAGGUGGGUUUGCGAAAGAUGGAUGGGAAGUGCUUUUCAAAAGAAAUGACACCCGAUGAAUGUGAUUCUAUUCUGGAACGUGCUUCAGUAACCAGAAAUUCUGGUUUCUCAGAGAAACUCAACAGUGAUGUGAAGUCUGUUAUUUGCAAAAGUGAGACGGCUUCUGGAGAUUUUCAUGGGGUGACAGAGGGCGGUUCUCCUGAUCUUCUUGAGUCUUGUGAUGGCAACCUAGAUAAGGGAUUUAGAAGGCAGCAAGAGGCUGAGAAGUUGGUGGCUGGAUAUAUGACUAUGAAUAAUGCAAAUGGCUCACACUAUCCAAUAGAUUUGUGUUCGGAAUUUCCUGCAUUGGUCAAAUCAGACAGUAAAGUCAAAUUGCCAACAUGCAUGAAUCCUGUUCCAGAUGCUUCUUUUACUAGGCACGGGAAUGGUGUCAAAUUAGGUAGUAGAGAUGAUGCUGAAAAAUUUCUUAGGUGUACUAAACCUAGCACCAAUAUAAAAGCUUUUAGGCCUCUAACACGAACUGGAGACCGAAGAAUUAGGAAGUUCCUGACAUCAAAAUACUGGAAAGUAGCUCCAAAAUUGAAGGACUGUGACACUGAAAAAACUGAUGGUGGACUAAAGCCUUUCAUGUAUCACAAGAGAAAGAUAUAUCAGAAUCGUGAAAGAUGCCAAUAUAACAGUCUUUACAAGAGGAGGAAAAUUUCUGAUCGGAGUUCGGUCGUGAUUUCUGAUGGUGGGUUCAGUAGUGAGAGUGUUUCUAAUAUUCCUGAGAAGGGGAUGAACAGGGAGAAGAAUGGAGUGAAUGGAAUAACACCUGGAGUUAAGGGGCAUCAAGCAACCUUUUACUCCAAGGAUUCUCAUGUGAAGUUAAGCAUAAAAUCCUUCAGGGUACCAGAGCUUUUCAUUGAAGUUCCAGAGACAGCAACUGUUGCCUCAUUGAAGAGGACAGUUAUGGAGGCUGUGACUUCCAUACUUGGAGAUGGUUUACAUGUUGGGGUAGUUCUUCGAGGAAAGAAGGUUAGAGAUGACAACAGAACCCUCUCACAGACUGGAAUCUCUUGUAAAGACAAUUUGGAUAGUCUGGGUUUCACAUUAGAGUCUAAUAUUGCGCAAGCUCCUCCUCCUGUAUGCGCAGAUGAUCCAUGUGACAUUUCUCAACUUGUAUCUAGGUCCCCAGCGAAUCCUAUUUUUGAUUCAGGGAACUCUGAUGCCUUACCUAACCCUCCCUCACUGACCAAUCCAGGCGAUAAUGUUGAAUGCAAUAAUGAAUCAGUGACAUCUCUUGCUGACACGCCAACUGACACAACAGUUAACCAUUGUAGAGCUCUGGUCCCAGUUCCAGCUAUGAAUAUCGAAACACUUGCUAUGGUCCCUGCAAACCGGAAACCCAGGCGAUCUGAAUGUGUGCAACGUAGAACAAGGAGACCUUUUUCUGUGGCAGAAGUAGAAGCACUGGUGCACGCUGUUGAAGAACUAGGAACUGGAAGGUGGCGUGAUGUUAAAUUGCGUGCUUUUGAGGAUGCAGACCAUCGAACUUAUGUGGACUUGAAGGACAAAUGGAAAACAUUGGUUCACACAGCGGAAAUUGCCCCUCAGCAAAGAAGGGGUGAGCCAGUGCCACAGGAGCUGUUGGACAGGGUCUUAGCUGUGCAUGCGUAUUGGUCUCAUCAUCAAAUUAAGCAACAAGGGAAGCCUCAUCCUGGAAUUCUGAAUGCUGCAGAAACUCAUUCUGGUAAGGAUGGAACCGAAUGUAUCCCGCUCAUAAUGUAAAAAUUGAAAAAUGUUACAGGUGCAUAGGAAAAGCCAAUUGUACAAAUAAAUCAUUCAAUGUAACAUUCUCACACUCACAUGAUUGAUUCAUUGCCGCUUUCCUACUUGGAUAGGCUGGCAUUUGUAAAUGACUUGGUGGAAUAAGGUUAUUCUAACAUCUCCACAUAAUUUUUUUUCCCUUUCAAUUCAUUCAAGUUAUGUAACUUGUACUUGUGAAAUUCUGAAUUUAACUGCAGAAGAUUAAGUAGUUUUCUUCUU